AUGGAGUUCAAGUAUUUUCUAACUCUGAUGUUCUUAUGGGCUUUGUUCAAAUCUUUGCCUUUUGUAACUUGUGAUGGUGGGUUAAUGAGAGUUAGUCUGAAAAGAAGGAGUUUAGAUGUUAAUACUCUUAAUUCUGCAAGGAUUAAGGAAGUUUAUAAUCAUAGAGGAUUAAGAGAUGAUAAUUAUUUAUCAACUGAUAUUGUUUAUCUAAAGAAUUAUCUUGAUGCACAAUAUUUUGGUGAAAUUGGUAUUGGAUCACCUCCACAAAUGUUCAAAGUUGUGUUUGAUACUGGAAGUUCAAAUCUUUGGGUUCCAUCUUCAAAAUGCAGAUUGUCUAUUGCUUGCUACAUACAUUCUAAGUAUAGGUCCAAGUUGUCUAGCACUUAUACAAAAAAUGGAACAUCAUGCAAGAUCCCUUUUAGCCGCGGAAACAUUCCUGGCUUCUUCAGCCAAGAUAAUUUAAAAGUCGGGAACAUCAUUAUCAGAGAUCAGGAGUUUACUGAGAUUACGAAGGAAGGAUCAUUGGAAUUUUUAGCAAUGCAUUUUGAUGGGAUACUUGGACUUGGAUUUCAGGAUAUAUCAGUUGGACAGGUCACACCAGUGUGGUAUAAUAUGAUUGAACAAGGGUACAUGAGUCAAAAGAUUUUCUCUCUUUGGUUAAACCAAAACCCAGAUUCAAACAUAGGUGGUGAAAUUGUGUUUGGUGGUAUUGAUUGGAGACACUUUAGGGGUGACCAUACUUAUGUUCCAGUUUCCCAAAAGGGCUAUUGGCAGAUUGAUGUUGGAGACAUUCUACUUGAAAACAAUUCAACAGGACUAUGUCAAGGAGGUUGUGCUGCGAUUAUUGACUCCGGAACAUCGUUGAUCGCUGGUCCAACCAGCGUUGUUACUCAAAUUAACCACGCCAUUGGAGCGGAAGGAUACGUCAGUUAUGAAUGUAAAAACCUCAUUCAUAACUACGGCGAUUUGAUAUGGGAAUUCAUAACUUCCGGGUUAAGACCUGAAAUUAUAUGCGUCGACAUUGGACUCUGCUCGCGUAACGGAUCACAUAGAACCAACGAAGAUAUUGAAACAAUGGUAGACGAAGAAAACUUGGGUGAUUCGCAACGAAGUAGAGAGAGUCCAUUGUGUACAUUAUGCGACAUGAUUGUGUUUUGGAUUCAGGUUCAGCUUAAGCAGAGGAACACAAGAGAAAGAAUAUUAAAUUACAUUGAUGAGCUAUGUGAGAAGCUUCCGAAUCCGGUGGGACAAUCAUUUAUAAACUGUGAUAAUAUUCCAACAAUGCCGCAAAUUAUAUUUAAGAUUGGAAACAGAUCAUUUCCGCUAUCUCCAGAACAGUAUAUUCUGAGAGUUGAAGAAGGGUGUUCUAGUCUGUGUUAUGGAGGUUUUGUGGGUAUAGAUGUGCCUCCUCCACAGGGUCCUCUAUGGGUUCUUGGAGAUAUAUUUUUGGGGGCAUACCAUACAGUUUUUGAUUAUGGAAAUCUUCGUGUAGGAUUUGCUGAAGCUGCCUAG